AUGGAGAAACCAAAUGAAAUCUACAAGAAGUUAUCAACCGAUGAGGUUAUUCGGCUAGGUGGAGAACGGUUCAUACAAUCGCGUUCAUCGACUUCCAUGUCUAUAUCGACCCACGCAUACAUGGAUUCAUUCUCGGGCCUUUCGGAUCAACAACUCAAAGAUGUUCAACUCAUUGAAAUUUUUUUACUUUCUUCAGAGAAACUCACCCAACAACAAUUCGAAAAAUCUAGUACGCUUCUCGACUGGUGCGACGAGUUGUCAUCUAGCUUGGGAAACCCGAUCCAAAGAGUCGUAUAUUAUUUUUCGAAAGCUUUACGAGCCAAGAUAGAUAAAGAAGCCCGGAGAAUCGGCUUGUUCACCAGGCCGACAAUGAACCAUGUUUUUGACAUGGAAGGGGGUAUAAUGAGCACUACUAGGAGUCUAAUUUCGAUUUAUCAAAAGUUACCAUUUUAUCAAGCGGGUCAUUUUUCGGGUGUGGCGGCUUUGGUGGACGAGUUAUCCAGGUCGAAAAGAGUUCAUGUAAUCGAUCUAUCGAUACGACAUGGUAUACAAAUUUUGAUUCUAAUGCAAUCACUUGCAUCUCAACAUGGUUUUCGUAUUAAGCAUCUUAAAGUAACCGCGGUUGGGACUGGUUUCGAAGAGAAAAUCAAGCAAACGGGUGAUCGGUUAAAGAGUUUCGCAGAAUCUAUGUAUUUGUCAUUUUCUUUUAGUAUAGUCAUAGUUGAAGAUAUGCUAGAUUUUAACAAAGAUCUUCUUGAGUUAGAUCCAAGAGAAGCUUUGGGUGUUUACUCAGCGUACGGUUUAUAUAGCCUAAUCGCUCAACAAGACCGUUUAGAAUCGUUAAUGAAGGUUAUAAAGAGUACUAAACCUCGUGUUAUGGUUGUGUGUGAAGUUGCGGCGAAUCUUAACUCGCCCAACUUUGUGAAUCGUUUGACUGAAGCAUUGUUCCACUUUGGGGCGGUGUUUGAUGCUUUAGAAGAGUGUAUGGACCGCGAAGAUGAAAACCGCGGUGUUACUGAAUCUAUGUAUCUAGGUGAAGCGAUAAGGAGCAUUGUGGCAACCGAAGGAGCCGAAAGAGCGAUUAGGCAUGUGAGCAUCGAUGUUUGGAGGAAGUUUUUUGCGCGAUUUGGGAUGAGAGAGAUUGGACUUAGUAUGUCUACUUUAUACCAAGCAAAGUUUGUGGCGGGGGAGUUUUCUUGUGGAAGUUCUUGUACGUUUGAUAUGGACGGUAAAUCCAUCGUCAUCGGGUGGAAAGGAACACCGAUCGAGUGUCUUUCGGCUUGGAAGUUCGCAUAA